AUGGAAAUGCAGAAAACCGGCGCUGCGCUCGACACCCGCCACCACCGCGACUUCUACAGCGGGUCUCUGCGGGAUGUCAGCGGGUUCGGGUGCACUCAUCCGGCGGCCGCGCACCAACGACUGGCCCCGGAGGAGACGUUUCCCCGGAGGUCAAAACAGCAAAACCCCAAGUUUGCCAUGAGCAGAAAGAUCUUCCCCUGGAUGAAAGAGUCCAGACACUCAAAUCAGAAACACGGCAGGAGAAUCCCAGACUGCACCGCGAACGAGAAGUGUCCGGGCGCGACCCCGGCCUCCAAGCGGACGCGCACCGCGUACACGAGCGCGCAACUGGUGGAGCUGGAGAAGGAGUUCCACUUCAGCCGCUACCUGUGCAGGCCGCGGCGCGUGGAGAUGGCCGGCCUGCUCAACCUCCAGGAGAGGCAGAUCAAGAUCUGGUUUCAGAACCGGAGGAUGAAGCAGAAGAAGGACGAGAGAGUGCAGGGCCCCACCGCCGUCCACGCCACCGCCUCCUCCUCCUCGCCCCCGUCUUCCCCCUCCGUCCCGGGCAGCCCCACUCUGUCGAGCCUGGGCUAUGUCCAUCUGGGCGGGGAUUACCAGCCGGCCUCUCCUCCGCUCAAGCCCCAGCAACAUCAGUCACGGCCGUCGUACCCGGCGGAGUACUCCAAAUAUCCAGCUCCGGGCUUCACGCACGGCCCGCAGUUUGACUUGCACCACAACGGGCACGACACCGCACACGCAACGAACCCGAACCUGGAGGCAUAUUUCUCACAGAGCUGCACUCCUCAGGACAGAAUCAUGCAGGCCCCAAAACUGACUCAUCUGUAG